AUGUUGAUGCCUAAGGCGAUAACGUACGGAAUCAGUCAAGAUUUACCAACACUGUUUCAUUAUGCCAUCGCGAAUAAUGAUCUACUGCUGGUGUCAUUUGCCUGGACUUUGCCCAAGCUGUUCGCAGUGUCAACUGGCAGUCGUAAGAUAUUUCUAGUAACAUAA